AUGCUGUUCUUCCCGAGCUUCCGAACCCUGCCGAAGAAACUGAAAGUCUUCCUGCCCCGUACUUUACUUCUGGACACAGCUCCCAUGUUCAUUGUUCUCCCAACACCAGGAAAUAUGUUUCAUCGAAGGAGUCGAAGUAUCUUGGAAUGCCGAACGACCUCUAUCUCGUUUGUUCGAACUUUCCCACCUCCUCAUUACCUGAAAUCACUGUGCCAAAUGCAAAAUGCGAAACACAGACCGUCUACGCCUCUCCUGUAA